UCGAGCAGUCUCUCCCUCGCUCUCGCUCUCACGCUCUGCAUUAUAUAGACAAACCAAAAUCAUUCUGCUUUCUGCUAUAAAACUUCGGAUUACUCACCUUUUUCUUCUAUCUCGAUGGCUCUCUUUCUCCUUGCUAUAUUAAUCGCGAUGGUCCCUUCAGGCCAUGCCUCUUGGCCACCUUCACCAGGCUACUGGCCAAGCUCUAGAUUCAGGUCUAUGAGCUUCUACAGAGGAUUUAGAAACCUCUGGGGUCCUCAGCAUCAAAGGCUAGACCAAAACACAUUAACAAUUUGGCUCGACAGAACCUCAGGAAGUGGGUUCAAGUCAGUUCGUCCCUUUCGGUCCGGCUACUUCGGUGCUUCUAUUAAGCUCCAACCGGGCUAUACUGCAGGAGUUAUCACAGCUUUCUACCUUUCGAACAACGAAGCACAUCCAGGCUUCCACGACGAAGUAGACAUAGAAUUUCUGGGCACAACAUUUGGAAAACCUUAUACUCUGCAGACAAAUGUUUACAUAAGAGGGAGUGGUGACGGCAAAAUCAUAGGCAGGGAAAUGAAGUUCCAUCUCUGGUUUGAUCCCACCAAAGAUUUUCAUCACUACGCUAUACUCUGGAGUCCUAAGGAAAUAAUAUUCCUAGUGGAUGAUGUGCCGAUAAGGAGGUACCCGAAGAAGAGUGAUGCGACAUAUCCGGUGAGGCCAAUGUGGGUGUACGGUUCGAUCUGGGAUGCGUCAUCAUGGGCAACGGAUAACGGCAAGUACAAAGCAGAUUACAGAUACCAACCAUUUGUGGCCAAGUACAGCAACUUCAAAGCCAGCGGUUGCUCGGCCUAUGGGCCGAUUUGGUGCCGGCCGGUCUCAGUUUCGCCCUACAGGUCCGGCGGGUUGAGCAGCCAGCAAUACAGGGCCAUGAGAUGGGUUCAGAGAUACCAUAUGGUUUAUAACUAUUGCAAUGAUCCCAAAAGAGACCACAGGCUUACACCAGAAUGUUGGGGGGUGACGACUCAGGAUGGGUCCCCCACUCCACAAACAACGUUGAUGUAUUAAGGAUGUCCAAGUGAGCCUCAAGGCCCUCCCCAAAAAACACAAGAAAAUUUCGACCAUUGUGUGGCUUCUUCGUCUUUGUUAUUCUUCUAUUGUUGUGUAAAGAAAUAAGAAAGCCAUGAAAGUGCGAAAGAGAAUAUAUUUAAAGAAUCAAAUGUAUAGAUGCAAUUAAUAAUA